AUGAAAGUUGUUGUAUUUUCAGGAGGCACUGCAACCAACUCACUCACGCCUUGCUUUAAUGAAUUGUCAAUAAACCAAGGCGAGGACCUGACGUAUGUACUACCCAUCUCUGAUAAUGGUGGGUCUACAAGCGAGAUCUUAAGGGUAUUGGGUGGUCCCGCUGUUGGUGAUAUAAGGUCCAGGAUCGUCAGAUUGAUCGAAGACCCAGCACUAACAAAGCUAUUUGGAUACAGACUGCCACAAGACACACAAGCUGCGAAGGACGAAUGGAACAAGAUUGUUGAAGGUACGCACAUUAUAUGGAAAAACAUUCCUGUAGAGUCUAGAGACAUGGCUAGACCAUUUUUGAUAAAUGUCCAGUCAGAACUACUCAAGAAGAGUAAGAACUCAAAUCCAUUCCAUUUUGGGAAAGCUUCUAUUGGAAAUUUCUUUCUAACAGGUGUGAGGUUGUUUUUAGGUUCAGUUGAUGCAUCCAUAGAGUUAAUGAUGAGAAUUGGAAGGGCGAAUACUCACCUAAAUGUCAUCCCCUGUAUUAACACAAAUCAUACACACCAUAUUUCAGCGCUUCUUACCAAUGGUGAAGUAAUAACGGGACAGUCGCAGAUUAGUCACCCUUCUAAACCACAAGAGCCACAGGAUAAAGUAGAGGCAAAGAAAAACAACGAAAAUAUUUCUGAAGAGACUCUAUCAUCGAACAGAGGCUCCUCAGUUUCUAUCACAAAGGAUAAAUUUGUACAAUUACUCGAAAAUAAUGAUGAAUCAAGCUCUUUAAACCAAGACACAACUGACUCCGUUGAAGAGUCAGGAAACACUUGGACAGAUAUAAAUGAUACAGAAGAGGAAGAAUUUGCAAAUCCUAUAUAUAUUCUACCAGCAUUGAAGGAAUCUCAGAUAAACUUUGAUAAGAUGGAUGAUUGCACUUUACCGGCCCCGAUAAAAAGAAUUUUAUAUAUAAAUCCUUAUGGAGAAGAAAUAAGACCAGUUGGUAACCCAAGAGCUGUUGCAGAAAUUAAACAAGCUGACAUGCUGGUGUACUCAAUUGGUUCUUUAAUGACUAGUUUACUACCCAUCAUUAUAUUGGGUAAUAUCGCUGAUGUUAUUUCAGAGACAAAAAGUAUGAAAAAAGUGCUCUUGAUAAAUAACAAAUAUGAUAGAGAGACUUUUUUUCUGUCUGGAAUUUCAUACAUUAAGAUGGUAGUUGACUCUAUGCGCCGUGCGAUUGAAGUUUACCGCACUUCGAAAGAUCCCAGUAAAACAGAACGGAAAUCAAUCCACAUUAAUUGGAAUGAUCUGAUCACUGAUGUUGUGUAUUUAUCUGAAGGUGAGAUUAAAUUUAAUGAAGAUCAGUUAAAUAUGAAAGGUAUUAGAUGCCACGAAGUGAAAGGUAAACAAAUGGAAAAUGAAAUUCUGACCAAUAUAUUGCAGAAAAUACAUAAAUUAUAA